UUUUAUUAGUAUUUUGACGUUUCGGCCUUCGGCCUUUCUUUCAUUAAGGAAUCAUAGAGAAUACGGCCCCUCAUCCUGACGGACUGCGGAAUGAAAGAAAAGGCCUCAGGCCAUCACUACUUUACAAACUUCUACCUCCCAUCACCUUUUUACCUCAUCUCCAAGCCAUCAAUUUCCACUACUACACCUAUACCAUCCUACUCCACCUUCUCAAAACUUUUUCUCCAAACCACCUCCAUUUCACCCUCUGCUCUUCUUACUUUUCUUUCAACAUCUCUUUCCUUUUCUUUUCUGCUGCUUGGCUCAUUACUUUCACACAGAGGUGCUCUCUAUACCACUACAAAUACACUAGAACUUACAGGUCUUUUCACUACCCUCGAGAAAUUCUGCCACCAAACGUAAAUAUAUAUAUUUUCAACAACCUCAAGCAUAAUGCACCGCCCUUGGACCAAUAUACCUAUUAAAAUCGAAACAAACACACAACAAAUCCUCACUUAUUCCCUUCCCGGACCCUCCAACCUGUUCUCCGUCAUCACCCACCCAACAACCAACCUCAA